AGCUAAUGCUAGUAUUUCUUUCUUCACUUCAUUGCGAAAUAGUAACAAGAAGGUAUUUCCCCGUUAUCUACAUACAUAUAUGUAUAUGUGUUUAUGCAUAUUCGAUUAUAAGUACUUAUGUAUGUAUGUAUGUAUACAAUAUAAAACCUUCUCACAUACGGCGUUUUUAGUCACUCGUUGUCAUUUCAUUCCUAAACACAUUUCCCAGUGGACGCAUGAGAAUAAAAAGUAGAUGCACUAAAUAUGACGUCAUUACUUGAGUCUUCACAUGAUGAAAUUAUUAGGAAUACAGUUGAAAAUUUUUCAAAGGUGUGCAAUUCCGCGGAUUUUCUUGCUAUCGCGCCGGCACUUCUACAAAAGAUUGUCACUUCCAAUAAGCUUGAUAUUGAUUGCGAAUUAGACGUCUUCAAUACGCUUGUACGCUGGUAUGAGCACGACAAAGAGAAUCGAGAAAAAUGGAUUUCUUUAUUAAUAUCCUCACUGAGGCUCAAUCAAUUUGACCCCGCCUUUAUUAUUCAGUACAUAAAGCCCUUACCUCGGUGCGAGCAAUUAGUGGCACAAGCAUUAAGUCGGAUAAAUGAACCCACAAACACUUUAAGUAGAAAUUUACCGGAACAAGGAAAAACGCGAAGUGAGCGAAAUUGUACGUUGCUGGUUUUGAAUGACGUAAAGGUGUGUAUAAUUAGUCUGUACAUGUAUCGGUCAUCGAUAAUAAUCGAUUUACGCAUAUUGACAACCAUUUUUCAGAAACUAAAAUUUAUGCUACGCUACGACAGAACGCUGGAGAAAUGGCAAAAAUGUUUUCAAUUUAAAUUUGUGGAUUACAGUUUUGGUUUAAUUUAUCACGAGAAAGCUUUACUUUUUAUUGGCGGACGCGGCAGAGGCAUACAGAGGAAUGCCACUGUCAAGCGUUUAGAUUUGGAGACCCUCACCUGGUCAGAAAUGUCUAAAAUGUCACAGCGGCGUGAUGAUUUGUGCGUAGUGAAGUUGGAUGAGAAAAUUUAUGCUUUUGGUGGACAUGAUGGCGGUGAGCCUUUCAAUACAGCGGAAAUGUAUGCGUUAAAAGAAUCAAUUUCUUUUAAGUUUUUUAAAUUCUUUCGAUUAUUAAAUUCUUUCGCCUUUAGCUACGAUAUACACACAAAUCGCUGGCAAUCACUACAGCCAAUGUCAUAUCAUCGCUAUGGCGCAGGAGCCAUCGCUUUUGAUGGCAAGAUUUAUAUAUUUGGUGGCUUGAGUAUUCACUGUGAACCGCUAAAUUCAGUCGAAUGCUUUGAUCCAAUGACAAACAAUUGGCGGGAAUGCGCCAAAAUGGAAGGUGCCCGAGGUUGGCCUGGUGUGACCAUAUUAAAUGGAAUGAUAUACAUUGUUGGUGGUUAUAAUGAAGGCUGGAUAAAUACUGUUGAACGAUUUGAACCACAAAGCAAUGUUUGGACUAAGAUUUCACCAUUGAAUUCUCCACGUUUUGGCGUCUGUGCCAUCACAGUUGACAGUCGGAUAUGGGCCAUCACUGGAGAUGAUAAGUAUGUGGCAGAAGAGUAUGAUUUUGAACAAAAUAAGUGGACUGAAAAAACUCCAUUGCCUGCUUAUGGCAUCUUCAGCAGCGUGGAAGUGCCUAAUCAACUCAUUAAUAAAUUACAUACCAAAUAUUAUGCAAAUAAUAGAGUAGAAAUGUUUUGAAAUAAAAGAACGAUAUUGUGGCGAAAACGCCAAAUUCGAAUGACAAAUGAAAAAGACUUACCCGUACAGCUACAGCAUGCUCUACAGCGCAAGUAUCUAAUAUUCAGUUUCGAGAAAUUCCUAGAGAUAAGAACGAGUAGUCGGCGAGGUUUAUAAAAGAGCAGAAACCAAUUACAAAGUGAAUUGACUGGUGUAAAGUGUAAGAUAAGUCGCUGUGUAUAGUGAAAUUAAUUCUUAAUUGUUGAAUAUACGUUGAUUAAACUCCUUACAAUUAA